UCCGGCCGUCCCCUGUCUCCUCCCCUCGCCCGCUGACCGGUCUCUCUCGCGGCGGCCGGCGGGGCAUGCCAGCCGCCUCCCGCUGAAUGGCGCAGCUCCGCUGCCGGGCGCUGCUGCGGGCGCUGCUGCGGGCGCUGCUGCUCCCGCUGCCAGGAGUAUGGUGCUUUAGUGAACUGUUUUUUGUGAAGGAGCCCCAGGAUGUUACUGUCUCAAGGAAGGAUCCGGUGGUUUUAGACUGCCAGGCCCGUGGCGAAGCUCCUAUAACUAUUACAUGGCUGAAAAAUGGAGGCAAAGUAUCUGAAAAUGAACGGAUCUACACUUUAUCCAAUGGCUCGUUAUAUAUCAGUGAGGUGGAAGGAAAGAAAGGAGAGCUGUCUGAUGAAGGAUUUUACCAGUGCUUAGCUCUGAACAAGUAUGGGGCCAUUCUCAGUCAAAAAAGCCACCUCACUCUAGCAACUAUUUCUGCAUUUGAAGUCCAGCCACUUUCAGCUGAGGUCCAAGAAGGUGGAGUAGCUCGAUUUGCCUGUAAAAUAACAGCAAACCCUCCUGCCACUGUGACAUGGGAAGUGAAUCGAACAUCUUUACCUUUAGUCAUGGACAGGAUAACUGCUUUACCUACAGGAGUUCUUCAAAUCUAUGGUGUUGAACAGAAGGAUGCUGGGAAUUAUCGAUGUGUUGCCACAACAAUAGCCAAUAGACGUAAAAGCACUGAGGCAGUACUGAGUGUUAUUCCAGCCUCAGACUUGAAGCCUUUUCACAAGCCAUCUAUAAUAGCUGGUCCUCAAAACAUUACAGCAUCUCUUCAUCAAACUGUCAUCCUGGAGUGUGUAGCCACAGGGAAUCCAAAGCCAAUCAUCUCAUGGAGCCGGCUAGACCAUAAGUCCAUUGAUGUCUUCAAUACCCGUGUCCUUGGCAAUGGGAACCUCAUGAUCUCUGACGUAAAGGUGCAGCAUGCAGGCGUGUACGUCUGUCGAGCCACUAUUCCAGGCACACGAAACUUCACAGUAGCAAUGGCAACUCUCUCUGUGCUGGCUCCACCUUCCUUUGUGGAAUGGCCAGAAAGUUUAACAAGGCCGAGAGCGGGUACUGCUCGUUUUGCUUGUCAGGCAGAAGGAAAUCCUGCCCCCAAAAUUUCAUGGUUAAAAAAUGGAAGAAGAAUACACUCCAAUGGUAGAAUAAAAAUGUACAACAGUAAAUUGGUGAUUAACCAGAUCAUUCCUGAAGACGAUGCCAUUUAUCAGUGCAUGGCUGAGAACAGCCAGGGAUCUAUUCUCUCCAGAGCCAGGCUUACUGUAGUUAUGUCAGAAGACAGACCCAGUGCACCUUACAAUGUCCAUGCUGAAACGAUGUCAAGCUCAGCAAUCCUGCUAGCAUGGGAGAGGCCGCUGUAUAAUUCAGACAAAGUGAUUGCAUACUCCGUGCAUUACAUGAAAGCAGAAGGUUUAAAUAACGAAGAGUACCAAGUCGUCAUUGGAAAUGAUACAACCCAUUACAUUAUUGAUGACUUAGAACCAGCCAGCAACUACACCUUCUAUAUUGUAGCUUAUAUGCCUCUGGGAGCCAGUCAGAUGUCAGAUCAUGUGACUCAGCACACUCUUGAAGAUGUUCCCUUAAGAGCUCCAGAAAUUAGUCUGACAAGCAGGAGUCCUACAGAUAUUCUCAUUUCUUGGCUGCCAAUUCCUGCAAAGUACAGGAGAGGUCAGGUGGUCCUGUACCGUCUGUCUUUCCGCCUCAGCACAGAGACCAAAAUCCAAGUCUUGGAGCUCCCAGGGACUUCAGAUGAGUAUCUUCUCGAAGGCCUGAGGCCUGACAGUGUCUAUUUGGUUCGUAUCACGGCUGCAACAAGGAUUGGCUGGGGAGAGGCAUCCUUGUGGACUUCCCACCGGACUCCCAAAGCUACAAGUGUGAAAGCACCGAAGUCUCCUGAGCUGCGUUUGGAGCCGAUGAACUGUACAACCAUUACGGUACAGUGGCAGCAGGACUCUGAGGACACAGCAGCUAUUCAAGGGUACAAGCUGUAUUACAAGGAAGAAGGCCAACAGGAGAAUGGACCAAUUCUGCUAGAUGCCAGUGAUCUUGAGUAUACUGUCAGUGGUUUAGAUCCUAGAAGGAAGUAUCAUGUGAGGCUGCUGGCAUAUAACAACAUGGAAGAAGGUUAUCAGGCAGACCAAACUGUCAGCACUCCAGGAUGUGUCUCUGUCCGUGAUCGCAUGGUGCCACCGCCGCCACCCCCGCACCACCUCUAUGCCAAAGCUAACACUUCAUCUUCUAUCUACCUUCACUGGGGAAAGCCCGCCUUUACAUCUGCGCAAGUCAUUAACUACACAAUCCGCUGCAACCCAGUGGGGCUGCAGAAUGCUUCUCUGGUUCUCUACCUUCAAACGUCAGAGACUCACAUGUUAGUUCAAGGUCUUGAGCCAAAAACCAUGUAUGAAUUUGCAGUUCGGCUGCAUGUGGACCAGCUCUCCAGUCCCUGGAGUCCGGUAGUCUACCAUACAACCCUUCCAGAAGCACCAUCUGGCCCUCCAGUAGGAGUGAAGGUGACUUUGAUAGAGGAUGAUACAGCUUUGGUUUCCUGGAAGCCACCUGAUGGUCCUGAAACAGUUGUUACACGAUAUACCAUUCUCUACGCAUCCAGGAAGUCUUGGAUCGCUGGUGAAUGGCAAGUGUUGCACAGAGAAGGAGCAAUGACCAUGGCUUUGCUGGAAAACCUUGUAGCAGGAAAUGUCUACUUGGUCAAAAUAGCAGCUUCCAAUGAAGUGGGAGAAGGACCCUUCUCAAAUGCGGUAGAACUUGCUGUCCUGCCAAAAGAGACAUCGGAGUCUAAUCAGAGACCUAAACGCUUGGAUUCGGGAGCUUCCACAACUUAUUCUGACUAUUACCAUCUGGACCAGAAAUCAAUGACUGGCAUUGUUGUUGGGGUUUGCAUAGCCUUGACCUGCAUCCUUCUCUGCAUCCUGAUCUUAAUUUAUCGCAGUAAAGCCAGGAAAACAUCUGCUCCUAAACCUGUGCAGCAAAGCACUGACCAGCUGUCACAUACCAGCAUCUCAUUAGCCAGUGCUAAUGAGGUGGAGAAGAGUACUGAAGGAAUUGCAGAGAAUGAAGAAUCCUUAUUGCCAAUGAUAGUGGGAAACAGCUUCAUCGAUGCUAAGGGGGGAUCUGAUCUGAUUAUUAAUAGCUAUGGGCCUGUCACAAAGGCUAACUGCAAGAAAAGGUGGCUGUUCUUCCAAGAUACUAAGAAGGCAAAGACUGAGGAGCCUCAGAGAAGAUUUGCCCGAGCGGUGUGUCUGUAUCAGCCAGGCACCACUGUGCUGAUCGGUGAGGAUGGCUCCCCCAGCUCUCCUGGCCAGCAGUCCAGUUUCCAGGUGCCUUUCAGUAUUGCUGCUGAUACAGAGCAUUCGGCCAACAGUGAAGGAAGCCAUGGGACUGGUGACUCUGGAAGAUUUUCCCACGAAUCCAAUGACGAGAUACACCUCUCCUCUGUGACAAGUGACACACCUCCCACCACCAGUCCUUUCGUAAGCAGUGACUUGGGUACAAACAUGAUGAGCCCUGCCAUAAGUAACUGCACAGAGUCUCCUCUGCCAGUGGCUGCUGACCAGACUCCUACCUCACCUCUUCAGAUACACUCUGCGGUGCAAAACUGCCAUCCUUAGGGCCAUGCCAGACAUUCUAGCAGUGUAUGUCUGUUCGAAGGACAAUGAACAGGGAGCCAAAGUUCUAUUGUGGAAAGCCUGACCAAUGUAGCAGGUGAUCCCAUAUUUCUGUUGAAUGUUUGUUUUGGUUGGUUUUGAUUUUUUUGUUUUUUUUAACUCAUUUUGAAUGUUCAGUGGUCAACAAAUGUGAAAGGACAGUGAAAAUUUCUGACUAAAGUUAAAAAUGUCACUGGAGCAAAGGGAAGGCUGUUGGCCCUUUUGCUGACUAUCUACCUCAGUUUGCCGAGAGGUGAACUCUGAAUGAUGACUGCUUUACCUCAUUUGUGUUCUAGUUGGUCUCAGCUAUGGAACUGAUGAUACUUCCUAGUAGUGUUGUUUUAUUUUGAGUUUUUUUUUUUUUUUUUUUUUUUUUUAAUUUUCAGUUGUGUGCAGAAUAUAUGUGUGUUGUGUGUGCACCUGUGUGCACUCAGUGAUCAGGGAGUUGUAUAGGUAGGUGAACAAGAUUGUUUAGCUGAAGCUCUGUCUUUAAAAAGAAGGAAACCUCAGAGUAUAAAAAGUAAUGAUUUAAUGUGGUUGACAUAGAGGAUGUUAAAAACUGGAAAACUGGAGCUGGUGCUUCCACAUAUACAGCCACAUGAAAUUUCUUGUACCUCUCAUAACCCCAGUAAGCCUAGGACAGUGCCUUUCCCCCAGAAACUUGUGCCAGCAACUGGUGACAGGAUGUAUGCUAUAUCCUUAGGGCUCUGGGACGUUCUUCACAGUGACAAAUGUUGCCCCUUUAUUGACAGUUAAUGCUAAAAAGCAUGGCAAAAUGAAGAAGUAUUCAGCAUUUCCAGUUUGGCUCUGCCCGAGAGUCACAGAAUAGAGUAUAAUGCUGAAUGUUCCAGUAUCACAGUACUUCUGAGCAACGGUGCCUUGCAUUAUAUAUUAUGAAGUUACUGAUUUGCCUUAUGCCUUUUUAGUAUUCAAAUUUAAAAUUGCUCUGGAGUACAGAAAGAUGCCUUAAAUGCUUCUUAGAUGUUCUAAAUAAACUAUAUAAUGAAUUUAUAAUUCAUUUUUACCCAGCUUUGAGUGCUGAUAAGCACUGCUAGCAUCACAAUAUGUCUCAGAGCUGUGGUUUGGAUGCAGCCCUGCUCCUUGCCUUCACCUAGUGUGCUGUUAGCCAGGAAUUUUAGCUCAAGGAGUGACUUUACCCACAUGCCAAUCUAAAACUCUGAUUAGGCUACCAUGAGAAAUAGAAAAGCCAGAGCUUUAGUUGAAGAGUCUGUUGAAAGAGGUGAGUACUGCUACUGCCUUGAAACCAUGCAAUUCCUGUUUUAUACUACCUCCUUUAAAAGUUAGUCUAGUGUUUUUUGGGGUUGGUUGUUGUUGUUUUUUCCUGUACUCAGGGAACAGUUUGUUACUUUUGAGCUGCCUCACGGAAAUGUGGAGCAAACUGACAGGGUAUGAUGUUUUGUUUUUUUUUAAUAGGAGAGAGGGAGGAGGUUGGAAUCAUCCAAUGUUAUAAACUUGCCUGUAUCUAUUAAUAUAUCUAGUCGUCUUCUCCAUCCACCCUUCCUCUUCCCCUACUUUACUUCAAAAUAAGAAAAAAAAAAAAGAAAAAAAAAAAAAAACAAAUAAAAAACCAGACAUAUGUUUUUACUUAAAGAGUUGAAAAAUGUGCUGUUGUGAAGAAGCAACCAUAGGAACUCCUGGAUCUAUUGAGGUCUGUCAGAACUCCCACUGGCCUUACUGGGGCCAAGAUGUCACCCUUAAGGUAGCCAGGCUGACUUGUGUGUUGUUCCUCCUGGAUCACAAUGCAGUCAGAAGCCGUCAGUAAGCCCUGCUGUUACGUCUGUUUGUGUUGAUGAAUCGGCCUCUAGUUACUGUAGUUCUUUACCUUGUAACUGCUGGUUCCAAACCAAACAGUACACAUUCACCAGUUUAUAACAGUGUUGACUCAAAUGCUUUGAAAAUUAUCUUAUACCAAAGACUUUUCUGUAGAAGAGCAGGAAGCUGCAUACUGUCCAAAAAUAAUUGAACUAGUUAAAAACUAUAGGUUUGAAAAGCUGAAUACGUUUUAUUCUGUAAGUAGUUACUAACAAAAUACAAUAGGGCUUCUUGAUUGCAGUAGUUGAUUGCAUAGAUGAGUUGUAUGCUUCUACAAUUUUAACUACCUUGUUGUUACAACAGCCUUUAAAGAAAGUUAUAAUAAUACCAGCAGAUAUCUCCAAAGACUUGGAAGCGUAAUUUUUUUCUCCAGCAUGUAGCUGAUCAACAAUACAGUAUUAAAAAAAUAUUUUUGAACAGUUUUUUAUCUACUUGCUGAAGAAAAAGAAAACCUUUUCACCAAAGAUUUAUUUUUGGUCUCAUCAGGAAGAAUGUUUAGUGUACAGCAGAGUACUGUUUCUAGUUAGGUAAAGUGUGAAUUAAUCAAACUAGAGUAAGAAUGUGUAACUGUAGCAUGAAGUUUCACACUUCAUCUUUCACAGUAGCCUCUUUUGUUAGUUUCAUUCAGAAAGAGCUGAUAUGCAUGGGGUAACUGUUUGCUUCUCCAAAGACUUAUUUGCUGUAAGUACUGAUAAUCAUAUGUAAUUUUAGGACCUUCAUUACCAGCAAAUACUUUGAAUCCUAAACCUUUUCUUCCAGAGACCCGCACUGUAGUUUAACCCAUGGAUAAUUUGAGAGAAACAGACUUCAUAUAAAAGUCCUAAGUCUAAUAGAGAUGCUCUAACUUCAACAGCUGAAGAGCUGAAAAUAGUGUAUUAGAGAGCAGUGCAUCCAGAACUGUAUUCAUCACUUUAUGUUUUAUUAAGGUACUUUUUAUCAGCAAAUAAAGAAAACCAAAGAUAUUUAAGGUUACCUCAGCAUAUAGGCAAACUUAGUUAGACAUUAAUUAUUCUGUCUUUGUGUUUAUGUUAACCAAAUACAUGUUUCUCCACAACCCAGUCUACAUUCAUGUGCUUCCAUUUACUUUGUCACAUAGUCAGGAUUACUACAGAACAAAAAAUACAUUGUCCUCAAAAUUCACAGCCUAUUACUAAUAUAUCACAAGAUUUUGUGAGAGAAAAUUUGUCUUACAAUUGAAAACUCCACCAAUGUAAGCAAAGGAAUCUCCAGAAAAAUUGUGUAGAAAUUGAUACUGUUUCUAUUGAACUCAAUAGCAGAAUCAGUCCUUCGUGAUUGUAACAAAGCAAAAUUGGGCUCAAAGUUUAAAUGCUUCAUAUCCUUGAAGCCAACACAUGUAAUUAUAUCUGUGAUAUCACAGAUAUAUUCUUAAAAGCUUUUACUUGAGGAAAUCAGUCUUUCAUAUGUAAACUUUAUUAAUUCCAUUUGCCUAGAAAGAGCUGGCAGAAUACAUCAGGCAGAAUGGUUUCAAGUUUUCCAGUAUGUUUUCUUGGUUAUGUCUGUAGUAACUGGGUCCUGGAGAAAAAAAUAUCAUUUUUAAAUUAUGAAUUAUGAAUUUAAGUGAUUAUGUUCUGGAAGAUGAACAUAAAUGUGGAAUUUAGUGGUACACUAUGUGAAUUGAUUUUGUUUAAGUCUAUUAAGAACGAAAGAGCCAUGGCUGGUGUAAUGAGUGCAUAUGUAACCCUUGUACUUUAAAAGAAAAGCAAAAACGUUACACUUGAUGUGACUUGAAAAGCAUCAAAACUUAUAGAGGAGGUCUGAAAACUGGCUUAUCAUGCUCCUUGUGUUUCCAAGGAAUAACUCUGCCGCUCAGUUGUGAUAGCAAUGCCUGUUCCGCAGGUCCAGGAUCUAAAACCAAAGCUCAGUCUGCCCACAGUUACCCUUGUGUCCUUUCUUCAUAUGUAACAAAUAAGUACUCAUCUUUCAGGAAUUAUGUGAGAGAAUUGGGAAUGUGUAUGCUCUGUAGAACAGGGCCUGUCAGUUGAUUAGUUUUUUUUCUUAGCUCUACUUUUACAAGAGAAACUUGAAAAAUCUACAUAUCACUUUUAAUAAUUUCUUAUAUUAGCUGUGAAUUUUCUGUAUAACUUAGGAGAUUUUAACAGAAAAGAUUAUUGAGAUAUUCCUUUACCUGUUUUAAUUAUUCUUCUUAGUUCAUUUCCUCUUUGGUUUUAUUUGCUUGAUUUAGACUAUGAGCUAAAUCUUGUUUGCCUUAUUCCAAGCAGGGUCCUCCUCCUGUUUGUUUUUAAGACAAUAGGAGAAUUAAUUUUUAUUUUGGUUUGCAUGGUCUGGACAGACUGAAUCAGCUUUUUGUUUGUUUUUUAAGUCUUCACAGUAUUAUUAUUUUUAAAGGACAGCAUUAUUACAUAGUUAAAACUCCCAUUGGCAAAUGGAUUUUUGUGAGAUAACAAGAUACCGUACAUCAGAGGUCCACUGCAAGUCUUCAUGCAUUCCAGUCUUAGCCUGUAGUAAAUAUUGAAUAUUUCAAGUCACUUUAACUCUUUGUCAUUGCAAACUAAGUCAACUUGAAUGACUUAAAAUUUGCUGCAACCUGAGCAUACACAAGAAUAGUUACUUUGGAAUGCUGGGUCUCGGUAAGAUGUUACUCUGAGCAAACGUGUAAGCCCUACGACCAGGAACUCUUGCUCAUUUUAUUUGUUACAGAAUGAAGUUAAUAAAGGGAAAAGUCCAUCUCGUAACAUGGGGAAUGUUGGUAGAUCUUGUGAGGCAUUCCAUGUUUAGCCAAAAGUCUCAUUUACACCAACUGAAGAGAGAGCUGCACAGGUGUAACUCUAGUGGUAUUCACAGAAAUCAGUUUACUGAAGUUGUUCUGAUAAAAUGGAAAGCAGAAUUACACCUAGUAAUUGCUGAAGAGGUAGUCCUUAGUUUGAACAAUUGUUACACACUUUCUAGUUGCUGCAACUGCAGCUCUGCUAAUACCAAGCAAUUUCUAAAGUGAAUAAAUUUGCAGGAAAUAUGGAGCGCCUCUCUAUAAUAACGCAAAUUAAAAAUACAUUAUUUGUGUAACUGUAUAUUUUAGAGCAUGUGUUUCACAGAAUACUAUUCUUCAGUACAAAAGUCAUAAACCAAAUUGGUUUCUGUUAAUAGAGGCCCUUAUGAAAAUAAUUCAGUUUCACUCAAAUGCAAGUAAGUUUAUUUUUUGGAAUUCCUCUAGAUUUACACUGAGAUUGGUCCUAAUUGACACAAAAGGGAUGUGAAUACAUGCUUAAGAUUUUGCUGUGUUGGGCGGUCUAGUUCCGUUGCGAGCUGUGCUCCUUCUGGAAGUUUUCAGCUUUUUGUGGUUGCAUAUACUCACAUUGCACCUGCCUGGUGUGUUUUCAGUAAAGACUGACUGUAUAUGAAAAACUUACUUAUACAGAUGUUGCUUUUGAUUGUUUGGCUUUUGGGUUUUUUCAAAGUUGUGAAUGAAGUGCCAGUGUAGGAGCCAGGUAUGUAUCUCAUAUUGUGGUGGUCUGGAUCCUUUCACUCCAUGUGCCAUUUUCUUCCAAGGGUGACAAUGGCUGACUGGCUAAUGGAGGAUGGAGCUGAAUUGUAUUAAUUUUAUAUUUGUCUCAGGGGAUCAGCUCUGUGAAUUCCAUUGCAUGAGGGAAGCUAAUGUUUGCCCUGAUUUGAAUGUAACUUUUUAAUGUCUUUUAAAAACUAUUUUGUUUAAUAAUGUGGAUUUGUUUUUCUUUUUCUAGCAUUCUAGUAAAUAUUACCUAGUGUGUUGGUUCAUUUUUCCCCUCCAGGGUUGUUUAUAUACUUACCCCAAGGUCAUGCCAAAAAGUAAUAGAAGUUUAAAUGCCAAAUGUUUAUGAAACUGCUGUCUAAAUACUGAUUGAUUGCACAGUUGAAAUAAAAGUUUUCCUUAGUAAAA